AUGCAGGGAAGAGCUGCUGGAGGCACAGCUCUCAGCACAAGCUCAGCUCCGUCAGGACCACGGCCACGUCGCUCUUCUGGACACCAUCCGCUGGGCUUGACAGCGGUAAGUCAAAUUGUCAUCAUUAAGCCAUCUUUAAAUGGGACCAGCCAACUCCUUCAUGAAAUGACAGGCGAGUACUUCAGCCUUCGCGCUGCAGCGGCCGGAGAAGUAGUACAGGCAAACUGUGUCCGCUGGAAGAAAAAGUUCUUAUUUAUGUGUAAAAUCAGUGCCAGUGCCACAAGAGGGAUUCUGGAUGCUUGCAUCUGCAGGGUGUCUGUUCGGAAGGAGUUAAAAGGAGGAAAGGCAUAUGCAAAGCUGGGCUUUGCAGAUCUAAACCUAGCAGAGUUUGCUGGAUCGGGAAAUACCACUCGGCGCUGUUUACUGGAAGGUUAUGAUACCAAAAAUACAAGGCAGGAUAACUCCAUUCUCAAAGUUUUGAUCAACAUGCAGCUAAUGUCUGGAGACCCAUGUUUUAAAAUGCCUCCUUCCACAGCAAUGUCUAUAGCAAUUCCUGGAGAAUCAGAAUCUUUGCAUGAAGACAGGAAAGGUGGAGAGAACUUGAAGGUAGCCCAUCUGGGCAUGGCAGAUGUCUCAGCAAAGAGCGCCUCAGUCCCAGAUGAACUUGGUGCAUGUGGACAUUCCAGAACAUCAAGCUAUGCAAGUCAGCAGUCAAAACUGUCAGGAUACAGUACAUGUCACUCUAGAUCAUCCAGUUUCUCUGAACUCUGCCACAGGAGAAACGCCUCAGUGGGUAGUACCUCAACAGGAAUUGGAAGUAUUCUAGAGCCAUGUGAAGAGGCUGACCUAAAAGUAACGGAAACGAACUUUGAUACUUCUGUUAAAGAUGCCUCUUCAGAAAAACUCUGCAGGCAUCCUGUGAAGCAAGACUCUGUGGAGUCACAGCUGAAGAGGGUUGAUGCUACCAGAGUUGAUGCAGAUGAUAUAGUUGAAAAAAUACUUCAAAGUCAAGACUUCAGUUUAGAUUCAAGUGCAGAAGAGGAAGGUUUAAGAUUAUUUGUGGGCCCUGGGGGAAGCACUUCUUUUGGAAGCCAUCAUCUGCCUAACAGAGUAGGAUCCGGAGCAUAUGAACAGGUGGUGAUAAAACGCUAGAUUAGAAGAACUUAAACAGAAGAGAAAAGUUGGAGCUCCACAGUGGAUACGUCAGUUCUUGUUUGCUCUGUUGUAAGAGUUGUAAAAGCCAAGAUGAACUGUAUGCAAGGUAGUUGGUGGGUGGGGGGUCCUUUUUAAUUUGUUAAUUAAUGGAAUGCCUCUUGUUCAUAGAGCUUCAAAUCUUCUGUGGUAUGAAGGCAAUGUUUAGCCACAUAUGCCUUGUGCAAGCACUUAAACUGUUUUUGUACGCUCGUCCUGCUGUUAGUGAAUUACCUGCUUUGUAAGUUGUGUGAAACAUGUUUGUGGAAGCAUGAUAAACGGUAUUUCAGUGUUUUAUACAGGAGAUCAAUUAUGAUGAUACACUUUGUUUGCAACUUCUUUUCUAAAGAAGCCUCACCUUGAAAGAGUCAGUCUUAAAUGAACCUGAAGAAAUUAACUGGACUCAAUUUGAUCCUACCUGCAAUUUUAAUCUUACAGCAGCUAAUUCCAUCUAUCAAAAUUAAUAUGAAGUGAAGAUUAUGGUCUCCACAAAACAGCCCAGCUAUGUUUUAAACAUCCAAAAUCUUCUCUUUAAAGUAUUGAGCAUAAUCUUAUUGUAGAGUAGAACACUAGAGGUUAGCUUCAAGGCGUUUAAAAAAACUACUACUAAAGAAAUAUCAACAAUCCAUUCAUAGGUCAUGUCACUUCUAAAUGAAGUCUAGAGGAUUAGGUACAUCAAAAUGUGACAUCUGGUUUUGGAUAAAUGACAAAAGAAAUGGGAUUCAACAUCAAAAUACCAAGGCAAAGUAAUGUAUUACCCAGAAAGCCCUUUUGUGCCUGGGAUUGUCAAGUCUAGAGUUUAAAGCUGCUUCCACAGAAACUUCAAUAACGCAGAACCUUGAUACGCAAUGGAUGGUACUGUUUAACAAACUACUCAAUAACUUACACCACUAUGAACUUUAGCUUAAUCCUUCACAGCUGGUUAGUGCUCUGCUUGUAUUUUGAAUGUGCCUUGAGGAACAGGGAAGGUAUGGGGGGUUAAACUCUACUGAACAACUUAAGCUUUAAAACUAGGCAAAUACCUAAACUACUAUCAGUGUAACCUACUAAGAGAAGCACUUUAUUGUAUACAUUCUCUCUGCACUCGGGGAAAAAAAGCUUUACUGUGCAACAGACUUGUCACUUCAUGUAAAACAUUCCUUAACUCUCUGUCCAUUAUUACAUUAAGGUAAAUGUACUGUAUUUAAAUUUGCACAAAUAGUUGACUGUGGCAGAAAAGAUGAAAAAAUCUUUUAAAAUUACAUUGAAGUACAGAAGAAUCUAUCUUUAUAGGGAUGUAUGAGGUGAGACAGUUCAAAUUCCAGCUUGGAUCUGCUGUAUUUAAAUUGUAAACUGCAGAUACUUAAUUUUGUUAUCACUUAUUGUAUCAAUAAGGCUUGGAUUAAAUAGAAAUAGUAUAGCCACAGAAAGCUCUGAAGGCUUCAAACUUUCUCAGACUGAUGUUUGACAUCCUUUUGUAGAAAUAUAAGUAGGUCCUAUUUCAUAGGUUGAAGGAGAAAAAGGUUUAUGUGUAACAGGUUUUAUGUUUUUUUAUAAAUUCAUAGCAUAGUUAAACUCCAUUUUAUUUAGAUUUUUAAGGAAAUUUCAGAGUUUGAAGUUUGAGUAGUGUUAUUGCGUAUGAUAAACACGAGCUAUUUCUCAAUUAUGGUACUUAUGCUUUUAUUUCCUCCUGUUCAUUAUCAUCUCUAUACUUUUUAACCUAUUGGAACAGUCCAAAGUAAAAAUACAAAGGUUGUAUUUUAGCUGCUGUUAGAAGAAGUGUGCAAAGAAAUGUGUGUAAAAAUAUUUCCCCUGUGUUUACAUAAUGGGGCUAGAAAUGUAUGCUUGUAUUACUUUUUUUUUAAAAAAUCCAAAUUUUUCUAUUUUGGACAAAGCCAAGUGAGGGGGAUUUUUAUGAAUUAGAUAACAGGUAUAACACUUUGUAAAAGUAAUCUGCGACCCAGUAACUACCACUUCUUACAUUUCCUAUAAAAAUGUUCAUUCUUAUCAUUGACUGCAAAAUUGAGUGCAGCAAAUUUUCUUGCCUCCCCUGAAAUUCAGUGGAGUAUGUGUGCAAGAGUCUUUUUAGCCCUUCAAUAACCAGAGGGGGAAAAAAGUAAAAAUGCUAAAAAUAAUGUGGUAGUGAGUAUAACCUAUGGUUACAGCUGCUGUUUCUCCCAAUUGUGUUCUCCUCACUCCAUGAGGAACUACUGAAAGAAGUUAGAUGAAUGGUUCCAUGUUGAUCAGCUGCUCCUUUUAUUUUGUUCUUUUUUUUACCCUUGUCCAUCUACAACUACUAGUCAUUCUUGGCUUCUGAGUAUAUUAAAAUUGAGUCAUUCCAUCUUCAAUCUACUUCUGGUUGAAGUAGAGCAACUUGUUAUACUAUACUAUGAUUAUUGCUCUUCACAACAGAAGAGCAGCCACAAGGCUGGCUUAUCUUGAAGGUAACCCUACCUUCUUCACUUGAUAUCAUCAUAAUGUCAGUUAAACAAAACUUGAAGUCAGCAAUAGAUGCCAUUAUCCUUUUGUUCAAAAGAAUCUUAGGAUUUGUAAAGAACCUGAAAAAAAUUGUUUCAAAACAGUGGUUGUUUUGCAUUAUGUGCAGCCUUUUGCUGAGAUAAAUUAAUUACUGACAACUGAUAUUUGUUUUUAGUGCCAAAUGCACAGCACCACUAAUCAUCUGUGUGUAAAGAAUAGAGGGUUUUACUGAUGCCAGGUAUUUAACCUCAUGAUCACCUGUUUAAGUUCUAAUGUUCAAAAGCAUGUAUUAGUUGUGUUUUUGCCCUCCAUAGGAAUUUUAAACAGAAAAAGCAUAAUAACUGCUAGUGUUCUGCUGCUUCUCAAAGCACAAGUUUCCUAUCCUGUUACAUAAAUUACCAAAAAAAAA